AUGUCCAACGAAAUCACCCAUGCCACCAUCCAGGAUGGCUGGUUCCGCGAGAUCUCCGAGAUGUGGCCUGGUCAGGCCAUGACUCUGCGGGUCAAGAAGGUGCUCCACCACGAGAAGAGCAAGUACCAGGAUGUGCUGGUGUUCGAGUCGACCGACUACGGCAAGGUGCUCGUGCUGGACAACGUGAUCCAGUGCACAGAGCGCGACGAAUUCUCGUACCAGGAGAUGAUCACGCACCUGGCCAUGCACUCACACCCCGACCCGAAGCGUGUGCUGGUGAUUGGCGGCGGCGACGGCGGUGUCCUCCGCGAGGUCGUCAAGCAUGAGUGCCUUGAGGAGGCCACGCUGUGCGACAUUGACGAGGCCGUCAUCCGCGUUUCUAAGCAGUACCUCCCCGGCAUGUCCGUCGGCUUCGACCACCCCAAGGUCAAGGUCCACGUCGGCGACGGCUUCAAGUUCCUCGACGACUACAAGAACCACUUUGACGUCAUCAUCACCGAUUCGUCCGAUCCCGAGGGCCCGGCCGAGAGCCUCUUCCAGAAGCCUUACUUCCAGCUGCUGCACAGCGCUCUGCGCGAGGGCGGCGUCAUUACUACCCAAGGUUCCGAGAACCAGUGGCUGCACCUGCCGCUCAUCGCCAAGCUCAAGAAGGACUGCAAGGAGGUCUUCCCCGUGGCCGAGUACGCCUACACGAGCAUUCCGACGUACCCAUCGGGCCAGAUCGGCUUCAUGGUCUGCAGCAAGGACCCCAACGCCAACCUCAAGAUGCCCCUGCGGUCCUGGACGGCCGAGGAGGAGGCCAAGCUGUGCCGGUACUACAACGCCGAGAUCCACAAGGCCAGCUUUGUGCUGCCGACCUUUGCGGCCAAGGCGCUGCAGUAG